AUUUAGUCUAUUUGCUCAUCGUAUGAAGAUGGAAAAACAUUUUAUGAACAGCAACCAAUCUACUAGAACAACGAAAAAGAAUUUCCAAUGCCAAUAUCCACAAUGUGAUCGGACCUAUUCAACAGCUGGAAAUUUAAAAACUCAUCAAAAAACGCACAAAGGGGAGUACCAGUUCACAUGUACAGUUGAAGGAUGCGGAAAAGCGUUUUUAACAAGUUACAGUUUAAAGGUUCACGUUCGUGUACACACUCGCGAAAGACCUUACGAAUGUAAUACUAGUGAAUGUAGAAAAUCGUUUAACACUUUAUAUAGACUUAAAGCUCAUAUGAGAGUCCAUAGCGGUGAAACAUUUAAUUGCGAAUCCAAUGGGUGCGUUAAAAACUUCACAACUUUAAGUGAUUUACGAAAACAUUUUCGCACGCAUACUGGAGAAAGACCAUUUCAUUGCACGAUAAAAGAUUGUAAAAAGGCUUUUACCGCGAGCCAUCACUUAAAAUCCCAUGUUUUAACCCACACAGGAGAACGCCCGUACUCUUGUCAAAAAGACGGUUGUAAUAAAGCAUACACAAGAAAAGACACUUUACGAAACCAUAUAAGCAAAGGCCAUGAAAACUCGAAGGGUGAUUCGGUAGUGGUUGACCCAAACAGCGGUCUUUCUGUUCUUUUAAAUUCUUUAGACUCGAUAUGUGAACAAAUUGAUAUAUCUGAGUGCUUUGAUACUGAUACAAAUGAAAGCACCAUGGACCAAUCAGAUUUGCCUAUGUGUUCUUCGAACCGAGAUAACAAUUCAAUUGGCAAAAUUUCUAGCAAAACAAACCAAUUUGCACAAUCUUCAAUCGAUGAUCCAAAAUACAGAGCUCAAAAUGAAUUCAUGAAUCAACAACAAAAUGAUCCACAUGGUGGCGUUGUGAAUGAAUUUACUGAUCAUCCACAAAGAGUUGAAGAUAUCCCGCUAUUACAACAUUCUUGCCCUGAUGUUCACUGCAAUGAAACAUCUUUCCAAAAUCCUCAAUCUCAAAUAGGAACAAGUUCUUUUCAAAAUAACAUCCCACAGUUGCCAGAUAAAAAUAGCAUGUACAAUAGAGGAGAACCCCAAUUUGAAACAAGUUUUCCUCUUAUCCCAGACCAAUCUGGCAACCUUAGUGGGAUUCCUGAAUAUCCCGUUGCUAUGCCAACAAGCUCUCAAAUUCUCAUGGACACGGAGAGCCAUGGUGGUGUUAUGGGUACGCCACAAAUCGCUGUGAAGACCAUUCCUCAAUUUUCUAUUGGAAACGUACCAAAUAUUGCCAUGGAAACAAACCAUGGUGUCGGUAUGGAAACCGAUACUUCCAUGAUCACAGAGCCUAACGUUUCCAUGACAACAGGGCACCCAGUUUUUAUGGAACCGCAAGUUACAGCAACGCACACAGUCUCACAAGAACCACUUGAAGAUGAGGAAGAAAUCAAAACGAUCGCAAAAGCUGCGAUGCAAGCGCUUAAAGAAACUACCGUGCAAGGAGUUCCGAUAAUCAUUAUUAAAAAAGAGAGUAAAGAAUCCUGCGGGUGUAAAUGUGCACACUCUGACACAACUAACAAUACCGAUCCUACUUCGAAUACUAUAAAUGCGAAGGUUGUAGUUUUGACUCAACCAAAUGAUCAGGAAUCAUGACAGAUGGACAUUCUGAAUUUUUCGUCAUCAGAUCGUUAAAA